AUGAUCAAAUACAUCAAGCAAACAUUCCCAGAUAUUGACGUUAUUGCGGGUAACAUUGUCACCCGGGAGCAAGCCGCCGCACUGAUUGCUGCCGGUGCGGACGGUCUACGGAUCGGCAUGGGCAGCGGGUCCGCAUACAUCACGCAGGAAGUCAUGGCCGUUGGUCGCCCUCAGGCUGCAGCCGUCCGCAGUGUCUCUGCCUUUGCUGCGCGGUUUGGUGUUCCCACUAUUGCCGACGGUGGUGUCCAGAACCUGGGCCACAUCGUGAAGGGCCUUGCACUAGGCGCCUCGGCAGUCAUGAUGGGAAGCUUGCUUGCCGGUACUACUGAGUCUCCUGGCGAGUACUAUGUGAGCAAUGAAGGACAGUUGGUCAAGGCCUUCCGUGGUAUGGGUAGUAUUGCGGUUAUGGAGGAUAAGGGUAAGAGUGGUGGCGGCAAAAACGCUGGCGCUUCGCGGUAUUUCUCUGAGAACAAUAAGGUCAAGGUUGCGCAGGGUGUUGCGGGCUCCGUCAUUGACCGCGGCUCUAUUACUCAGUAUGUGCCUUACCUUGUCGCCGGUGUGCAGCACUCUCUCCAGGAUAUUGGUGUCCAGAAUCUUCACGCCCUGCAUGACGGGGUGAACAACGGAUCAGUCCGCUUUGAGAUGAGAAGCGCGAGCGCGCAGACCGAGGGUAAUGUUCAUGGCUUACACAGCCACGAGAAGAAGUUGUUCUCUUCUUGA